ACCUCAGCCACAAAUAAUAUACAAAAGCUGGUCAUGGCGUUAGGAGAUUACAUGGGUGCCUCGUGUCAUGCCUGUAUUGGGGGCACCAACGUGCGUGCUGAGGUACAGAAGCUGCAGAUGGAAGCUCCCCAUAUCAUCGUGGGAACCCCUGGCCGCGUAUUUGAUAUGCUUAACCGGAGAUACCUGUCUCCCAAAUACAUCAAGAUGUUUGUGUUAGACGAAGCUGAUGAAAUGUUGAGCCGUGGAUUCAAGGACCAGAUUUACGACAUAUUCCAGAAGCUCAACAGCAACACCCAGGUGGUUUUGUUGCCAGCUACAAUCCCUUCUGAUGUGCUAGAGGUGACCAAGAAGUUCAUGCGGGACCCCAUUAGGAUUCUCGUCAAGAAGGAGGAGUUGACCCUGGAGGGUAUCCGCCAGUUCUACAUCAAUGUGGAACGAGAGGAAUGGAAGCUGGACACGUUGUGUGACUUGUAUGAGACCCUGACCAUCACCCAGGCAGUCAUCUUCAUUAACACCCGAAGGAAGGUUGAUUGGCUCACUGAGAAGAUGCACGCCCGAGACUUUACUGUCUCUGCCAUG